AGGCUGUCACUGUACUCUCUCACUUAUCAGUGAAGACUGUCAGUCGGUGUGAAAGUAUUGAAAAGCUCCAAACACACACUAUUUCUCUCUCUUCCUUCGCUCUUCUCUUCGCACUGCACUGUCAAAAGCAUAACCCUAAAAGAAAACGGAAAAUAAGGCAGAUUUUUGUUUCCAUUUCAAAUUAAUUGCUGCGGCGUUUGGUAGUUUUUUUGCUGUAUUUGAUUUUUGGAAGGUGACAUUUGAUCGAAAUGCUCGAGUGCUGCUUCGAUUUCCCAGCGCGGUUAAACGAGGUAGAUAGGUGUUUUGUUUGAGAUGGAAGUUAAUGCCAACAAGGAUUAUGUGGAGGCAAGUGUGUCUUAGAGUCCGUGAAGCUUGUCAGUCUCGUCUAUGGCGUCUACCGGCUUAGGUCAUGGAGGAGCAGGGAGUUCCAGAAGUGCUAAUGGCUUCACAAGUUCAUCUAGUUCAGUUGACUGGCUGGGUAGAGAAAUGCUUGAGAUGAGGUUGAGGGACAGAGUGGACAUUGAUGAUGGCAGAGAGAGUGAACCAGACAUAAUCGAUGGUGUGGGUGCAGAAACAGGACAUGUAAUUAGAACAACCAUUGGUGGUCGGAAUGGUCAACCCAAGCAGAAUGUAAGCUAUAUAGCAGAACAUGUGGUGGGAACAGGAUCUUUUGGUGUUGUUUUCCAAGCAAAAUGUAGAGAGACUGGAGAAAUUGUGGCCAUUAAGAAGGUUCUUCAAGAUAAGCGCUACAAGAACAGAGAGUUGCAGAUUAUGCAAAUGUUGGAUCAUCCUAAUAUUGUUGCUCUUAAGCAUUCUUUCUUCUCAACAACAGACAAGGAAGAGCUUUAUCUCAAUCUUGUUCUUGAGUAUGUCCCUGAAACUGUUAAUCGUAUUGCUAGGCAGUACAACAGAAUGAACCAACGGGUACCAUUAAUAUAUGUCAAGCUCUAUACAUAUCAGAUAUGCAGGGCAUUGGCUUAUAUUCACAACUGUAUUGGUAUUUGUCAUCGUGACAUCAAGCCUCAGAACUUACUGGUGAACCCACAUACACAUCAGCUGAAACUCUGUGAUUUUGGAAGUGCAAAAGUUCUGGUGAAAGGGGAACCCAAUGUGUCUUACAUCUGUUCUAGAUAUUAUCGUGCUCCUGAGCUCAUAUUUGGUGCCAAUGAAUACACUACAUCUAUUGAUAUUUGGUCCACGGGUUGCGUCAUGGCUGAAUUACUUCUUGGACAGCCGUUGUUUCCCGGAGAGAGUGGGGUUGACCAACUAGUGGAGAUUAUAAAGGUCUUAGGAACGCCUACUAGAGAGGAGAUCAAAUGCAUGAACCCAAACUACACCGAAUUCAAAUUUCCACAGAUAAAACCCCAUCCAUGGCACAAGGUUUUUCAAAAACGUUUGCCUCCUGAAGCAGUUGACUUGAUCUCUCGAUUUUUCCAGUACUCCCCGCAUUUGAGAUGCACUGCUUUGGAAGCUUGUGUUCAUCCCUUCUUUGAUGAAUUGAGGGACCCAGAUACCCGCCUGCCUAAUGGGCGUCCUCUUCCUCCACUCUUCAAUUUCAAACCUCAAGAGCUCACUAGCAUCCCUCCUGAAACUCUUCGCCGCCUAAUUCCUGAACAUGCUCGGAGGCAGAACUUAUUCAUGGCAUUGCGCUCCUAGUGACAAGUUGGAAUUUCAUUUCUCCCGUUUGCUUCAGCUGCCUUGGUUGGGCGUGCACCAAUUGUAAAAUGUCCUAUAAUCUAUGAGGUGUUUGAAACCAAAUUUGUCAGGAAACUUUGAACUGGACAGCCAAUGAGCGCAUGUAUUCUGUUCAUUUUGGAUGCAGAGUGUCAAUAGUGCAAUCACUCACCACCCCUUCACGCGCACAAGAGAAAGCCUAAAUGGUAGUGCAAAGCCGAGAGAAGCUGGUGAUUUUGUUUGUAGUAUGUGGGUAUAACUAUAUAACAUUAUAGCUGAGUGUAUUUUUCCACUGAUAAAUACCACUUUCCUGAUUUCUGUGUUUCCUUGGCCUUAAUUUGACUGCUGUUCUGGUGUUGAGUUAUUUACUGAUAAUAGUUGGGUUUUUCUUCCA